AUCACAGUGCAGUAAGAAACAUGGCAGUUUGAUAAAACAUGGUGGAGACAGCGGCUGAAAUGGAAGCAUAUGUUCUAGAAGACAUUCUAGAGGUGGAAUCUUUUAUUUUGGAUCAGGAUGAAUUGGAAAAUCCAAUGCUGGAGACGGCUUCCAAGUUGCUCUUGUCGGGCACUGCUGAUGGUGCAGACCUCAGGACCGUAGAUCCAGAGACGCAGGCCAGACUGGAAGCUUUGCUGGAAGCAGCAGGAAUAGGCAAAUUGUCCACGGCUGAUGGGAAAGCCUUUGCAGAUCCUGAGGUGCUCCGGAGGUUAACAUCGUCUGUUAGCUGUGCGUUGGAUGAAGCUGCUGCUGCACUUACUCGAAUGAGAGCUGAGAGCACAGCAAAUGCAGGGCAGUCGGACAACCGCAGUUUGGCAGAAGCCUGUUCAGAAGGAGAUGUAAAUGCUGUGCGAAAGUUGCUCAUCGAAGGACGAAGUGUGAACGAGCACACCGAGGAAGGGGAGAGCCUACUUUGUUUAGCUUGUUCUGCUGGAUACUAUGAGCUUGCACAGGUCUUGUUGGCAAUGCAUGCAAAUGUGGAAGAUAGGGGAAUCAAAGGUGACAUUACACCUUUAAUGGCUGCUGCUAAUGGAGGACACGUCAAAAUUGUGAAGUUGCUGCUAGCUCAUAAAGCCGAUGUCAAUGCACAGUCUUCAACAGGCAACACAGCACUUACCUAUGCUUGUGCUGGAGGCUAUGUAGAUGUGGUAAAGGUGCUCUUGGAAUCCGGUGCUAGUAUUGAGGACCAUAAUGAAAAUGGUCACACACCUCUAAUGGAAGCUGGAAGUGCUGGACACGUGGAAGUAGCCAGAUUGCUGCUAGAAAAUGGGGCUGGCAUUAACACGCAUUCCAAUGAGUUUAAAGAGAGUGCCCUGACAUUAGCUUGUUACAAAGGUCACCUGGAAAUGGUGCGGUUUCUUUUGGAAGCAGGGGCAGAUCAAGAGCAUAAAACAGAUGAAAUGCACACUGCUCUAAUGGAAGCUUGCAUGGAUGGCCAUGUUGAAGUAGCUAGGUUACUUCUUGACAGUGGUGCCCAAGUGAACAUGCCUGCAGAUUCAUUUGAGUCACCAUUGACUUUGGCUGCGUGUGGUGGGCAUGUGGAACUUGCAGCUUUACUUAUUGAAAGAGGAGCUAGCCUGGAAGAGGUCAACGAUGAAGGUUAUACACCUUUGAUGGAAGCAGCUCGUGAAGGACAUGAAGAAAUGGUGGCAUUACUUCUAGGCCAAGGAGCAAAUAUCAAUGCACAGACGGAAGAAACUCAAGAAACUGCCUUGACUCUGGCUUGCUGUGGAGGCUUCUUAGAAGUGGCAGACUUUCUCAUCAAGGCAGGGGCUGAUAUAGAACUAGGGUGCUCAACCCCUUUAAUGGAGGCUGCUCAAGAGGGUCAUUUGGAGUUAGUUAAAUAUCUACUAGCUGCAGGAGCUAAUGUUCAUGCAACAACAGCAACAGGAGAUACAGCACUAACAUAUGCCUGUGAAAAUGGUCAUACUGAUGUAGCAGAUGUCUUACUUCAGGCAGGAGCAGAUCUGGAGCAUGAAUCUGAAGGUGGAAGAACUCCUUUAAUGAAAGCUGCAAGAGCUGGUCAUGUUUGUACUGUUCAGUUCUUAAUUAGUAAAGGAGCUAAUGUGAAUAGAACCACAGCUAAUAACGACCAUACUGUGUUGUCCCUGGCUUGUGCAGGGGGCCAUCUGGCAGUGGUGGAACUACUUUUGGCUCACGGGGCUGACCCUACCCACCGCUUAAAAGAUGGCUCAACUAUGUUGAUAGAAGCAGCAAAAGGUGGCCAUACAAGUGUUGUUUGCUAUCUUUUGGACUAUCCUAAUAACUUGCUUUCAGCCCCUCCACCAGAUGUCACUCAGCUGACACCCCCAUCCCAUGAUUUGAAUAGGGCACCUCGUGUACCGGUUCAAGCACUGCCUAUGGUUGUCCCACCUCAGGAGCCUGACAAACCACCUGCCAAUAUUGCCACUACUCUUCCCAUCAGGAAUAAAGCUGCUUCUAAACAAAAGUCCAGCAGCCAUUUGCCUGCAAACAGCCAGGAUGUACAGGGUUACAUCACCAAUCAGUCUCCAGAGAGCAUUGUAGAAGAGGCUCAGGGAAAGUUAACAGAACUGGAACAGAGGAUAAAAGAAGCCAUAGAAAAGAAUGCACAACUGCAGUCCUUGGAACUGGCUCAUGCUGACCAACUUACCAAGGAGAAGAUUGAGGAGCUGAACAAAACAAGGGAGGAACAAAUUCAGAAGAAACAAAAGAUUUUGGAGGAACUACAGAAAGUAGAACGAGAGUUACAACUGAAAACGCAGCAGCAGCUUAAAAAGCAGUAUCUAGAGGUUAAAGCUCAAAGAAUUCAACUGCAGCAGCAGCAGCAACAGUCUUGCCAACACCUGGGACUGCUAACUCCGGUUGGAGUUGGAGAACAUCUUUCCGAGGGAGACUAUGCACGGUUACAGCAAGUGGAUCCUGUUUUGCUCAAAGAUGAAACCCAGCAGACUGCUGCUCAGAUUGGUUUUGCACCAAUCCAGCCUCUGGCCAUGCCUCAAGCUUUGCCUCUGGCGGCAGGUCCCUUGCCUCCAGGGUCCAUCGCAAAUCUUACAGAACUGCAAGGAGUGAUAGUUGGACAGCCAGUACUGGGCCAAGCACAGUUGGCAGGGCUGGGGCAAGGAAUUCUGACAGAAACACAACAAGGGUUAAUGGUAGCCAGCCCUGCUCAGACCCUCAAUGACACGCUGGAUGACAUCAUGGCAGCAGUCAGUGGAAGAGCAUCUGCAAUGUCAAACACUCCUACCCACAGUAUUGCUGCUUCCAUUUCCCAGCCUCAGACUCCAACUCCAAGUCCUGUCAUCUCUCCUUCAGCCAUGCUUCCCAUCUACCCUGCCAUUGAUAUUGAUGCACAGACUGAGAGUAAUCAUGACACAGCAUUAACACUUGCCUGUGCUGGGGGCCAUGAGGAGCUGGUACAAACACUGCUGGAGAGAGGAGCUAGCAUUGAGCACCGAGAUAAGAAAGGUUUUACUCCACUCAUCUUGGCUGCUACAGCCGGUCAUGUUGGGGUUGUAGAAAUACUGCUGGACAAUGGUGCAGACAUUGAAGCCCAGUCAGAGAGAACCAAGGACACGCCACUUUCCUUGGCUUGUUCUGGGGGCAGGCAAGAGGUAGUGGAGCUGUUGUUGGCACGAGGGGCAAAUAAAGAGCACAGGAAUGUUUCUGAUUAUACACCUCUGAGCCUGGCUGCUUCAGGUGGCUAUGUGAACAUCAUCAAAAUACUACUAAACGCAGGAGCUGAGAUUAAUUCCAGAACUGGUAGCAAAUUGGGCAUUUCUCCCCUCAUGUUGGCAGCAAUGAAUGGGCACACAGCUGCUGUCAAGCUCCUGUUGGACAUGGGCUCUGACAUAAAUGCUCAGAUAGAAACCAACCGGAACACUGCCCUUACCUUAGCCUGCUUCCAAGGAAGAACUGAAGUGGUUAGUCUUCUGCUUGAUAGAAAAGCAAAUGUUGAACACAGAGCUAAGACGGGCCUCACACCACUAAUGGAAGCUGCCUCUGGUGGAUAUGCAGAGGUGGGCCGAGUUCUUUUGGAUAAAGGUGCUGAUGUUAAUGCCCCUCCAGUUCCCUCUUCAAGAGAUACAGCUUUAACCAUAGCAGCAGAUAAAGGACAUUAUAAGUUCUGUGAGCUUCUCAUUGGCAGGGGAGCUCAUAUUGAUGUACGUAACAAGAAGGGGAACACUCCAUUGUGGCUAGCAGCAAAUGGUGGACACCUUGAUGUGGUUCAGUUACUGGUACAAGCAGGUGCUGAUGUAGACGCAGCAGAUAACCGCAAAAUAACUCCUCUUAUGGCAGCAUUUAGAAAGGGUCAUGUGAAGGUGGUGCGCUACUUGGUGAAAGAAGUCAAUCAGUUUCCCUCAGAUUCUGAGUGUAUGCGAUACAUAGCGACCAUCACAGAUAAGGAGAUGCUGAAGAAGUGUCAUCUUUGUAUGGAGUCAAUAGUACAAGCCAAAGACAGACAGGCUGCUGAAGCCAACAAGAAUGCCAGCAUUUUGUUAGAGGAGUUAGACCUGGAAAAGUUAAGAGAAGAAAGCCGGAGGCUGGCGUUGGCUGCCAAAAGAGAAAAGAGAAAAGAGAAGAGAAGAAAGAAAAAGGAAGAGCAACGAAGAAAAUUAGAAGAAAUUGAAGCUAAAAAUAAAGAGAACUUCGAACUCCAAGCUGCUCAAGAAAAAGAAAAGCUUAAAGCUGAAGAAGAGCCCGAAGUCUUGACAGAGCCUCCAAGUGCCACAACCACUACAACCAUAGGUAUAUCUGCAACCUGGACAACUCUGGCAGGUUCCCAUGGUAAAAGAAAUAAUACCAUAACUACAACCAGUUCAAAGAGGAAAAACAGGAAAAAUAAAAUUACCACAGAAAACGUUCAGAUUAUAUUUGAUGAUCCACUACCAAUUUCAUAUAGUCAGCCAGAGAAGGUGAACGGAGAGUCCAAGAGCAGCAGCACUAGUGAGAGUGGCGACAGUGACAACAUGAGGAUCUCCAGCUGCAGUGAUGAGAGCAGUAACAGCAACAGCAGCCUGAAGAGCGACAAUCACUCACCAGCUGUGGCCACUGCCCCUGCGGCCAGCAAGAAGCAACCGUCUGUGCUGGUCACGUUUCCCAAGGAGGAAAGGAAGUCUGUUUCUGGCAAGGCUUCAAUAAAAUUGUCAGAGACUAUCAGUGAAGGGACCAGCAGUUCUCUGUCUACUUGCACAAAAUCUGGCCCAUCUCCCCUUUCCUCUCCAAAUGGGAAGUUAACAGUAGCAAGUCCCAAGCGUGGGCAAAAGAGAGAAGAAGGAUGGAAGGAAGUUGUAAGAAGAUCAAAGAAAGUAUCUGUUCCAUCAACUGUGAUAUCCAGAGUGAUUGGAAGAGGAGGCUGUAACAUCAAUGCUAUUCGGGAGUUCACUGGUGCACACAUAGAUAUCGAUAAGCAGAAGGACAAGACGGGAGACCGGAUAAUAACAAUAAGGGGUGGCACUGAAUCAACAAGACAAGCAACUCAGUUGAUCAAUGCCCUGAUCAAGGAUCCAGACAAAGAAAUUGAUGAACUUAUUCCAAAGAAUCGUUUGAAAAGCUCCUCAGCAAAUUCCAAAAUAGGGUCAUCAGCACCUGUCACCACUGCUGCUAACAGUUCCUUAAUGGGAAUUAAAAUGACAACGGUAGCUCUGUCAUCAACAUCUCAAACUGCCACAGCACUCACUGUGCCUGCAAUUUCUUCUGCAUCCACUCACAAAACCAUUAAGAACCCAGUGAAUAAUGUGAGGCCUGGUUUUCCAGUUUCUCUUCCCUUAGCGUAUCCUCCUCCCCAGUUUGCACACGCUUUGCUUGCUGCUCAGACUUUCCAGCAGAUCCGUCCACCAAGGUUGCCCAUGACCCAUUUUGGAGGUACUUUUCCACCAGCUCAAUCCACUUGGGGUCCUUUUCCUGUCAGGCCUUUGAGCCCUGCCAGAGCUACAAACUCGCCUAAGCCUCACAUGGUGCCUCGCCAUAGCAAUCAGAACAGCAGUGGUUCUCAGGUGAAUUCAGCAGGUUCUUUAACUUCAAGUCCAACAACUACAACCAGUUCAUCAGCUUCAACGGUGCCUGGUACAUCUACAAAUGGCAGUCCAAGUUCACCUUCUGUCAGAAGGCAGCUUUUUGUCACAGUUGUGAAGACAUCUAAUGCCACCACCACAACAGUCACAACCACAGCAAGCAACAAUAGCACUGCACCCACAAAUGCCACAUACCCUAUGCCUACUGCCAAAGAACACUACCCAGUAUCAUCCCCAUCUUCCCCAUCACCACCAGCCCAGCCAGGAGCGGUUUCUAGAAACAGCCCUUUGGAGUGUGGAUCAGCGUCUCCAAAUAAAGGGGCAUCUUCCUCUGAACAGGAAGCAGGUAGUCCACCAGUAGUAGAAACAGCAAACAGUCGACCUCCAAACAGCACCAGUUCUUCUGGGAGUUCCUCAGUUCAUUCUACUCAGCAGCAACCUCCAGGAUCAGUUUCUCAGGAGCCAAGACCACCUCUUCAGCAGUCUCAGGUUCCUCCCCUGGAUGUUAGAAUGACUGUUCCUCCUUUAGCAACAAGUUCUGCUCCAGCGGCGGUGCCUUCUACUGCCCCAGUGACUUACCCUAUGCCUCAGACACAAAUGGGAUGCUCCCAGCCUCCUAAAAUGGAAACCCCUACGAUUAGACCACCCUCUCAUGGCACAGCUGCCCCUCUCAAGAAUCCAGCUCCAGUGCAGAAUUCAUCUGUUGCAGUCCUCAAUGUCAAUCACAUUAAAAGACCUCACAGUGUUCCCUCCUCUGUCCAGCUACCUUCGACCUUAAGUACACAAAGUGCUUGUCAGAAUUCAGUACAUCCAGCAAAUAAGCCUAUUGCUCCCAGUUUUAGUGCCCCUUUACCAUUUGGGCCCUUUAGCACAUUGUUUGAAAACAACCCUACUUCUGCUCAUGCCUUUUGGGGAGGAUCUGUUGUUUCAUCUCAGUCAGCUCCAGAAUCUAUGCUAUCAGGAAAAUCCUCAUAUUUGCCAAAUUCAGAUCCUUUACAUCAGUCUGAUACUUCCAAAGCUCCAGGUUUUAGACCACCAUUACAGAGACCCAUUCCAAGUCCCUCAGGUAUUGUCAAUAUGGACUCGCCAUAUGGUUCUGUAACACCUUCUUCUACACAUUUGGGAAACUUUGCCUCAAACCUUUCAGGAGGUCAGAUGUAUGGACCUGUAGCACCCCUUGGAGGAGCACCUGCAGCUGCUAACUUUAAUAGACAACAUUUUUCUCCGCUCAGUUUGUUGACUCCGUGUUCAUCAGCAUCCAGUGAUGCCCUAAAAAGUACCUUGGGAAAACACUUUUAUACUUGGGAAAGCAUAGAAACACUAUGCUUUCGUGUUACAGAUUCUUCUGCGCAGUCAGUAUCCUCUGGGGUUCGUGCUCCGUCUCCUGCUCCGCCAUCUGUACCUUUAGGGUCGGAGAAGCCUAGCAACAUCUCUCAGGACAGAAAAGUUCCGGUUCCAAUUGGGACAGAACGUUCUGCACGAAUUAGGCAAACGGGAACUUCAGCCCCAUCUGUGAUUGGGAGCAAUUUGUCCACGUCCGUAGGGCACAGUGGCAUCUGGUCCUUUGAAGGGAUCAGUGGCAGUCAAGACAAAGUAGACUGGUGUAACCCUGGGAUGGGAAACCCUAUGAUUCACAGGCCAAUGUCUGAUCCAGGAGUAUUUUCACAGCAUCAAGCCAUGGAGAGAGAUAGUACAGGAAUCGUAACUCCUUCUGGUACAUUCCAUCAGCAUGUUCCUGCAGGAUAUAUGGACUUUCCUAAAGUUGGGGGUAUGCCCUUUUCUGUGUAUGGGAAUGCAAUGAUCCCUCCAGUGGCACCUAUUCCUGAUGGUCCUGGGGGACCCAUAUUCAAUGGCCCUCAUGCUGCAGACCCUUCUUGGAACUCACUGAUAAAGAUGGUUUCAAGUUCCACAGAAAACAGUGGUCCUCAAACGGUGUGGACUGGACCCUGGGCACCUCACAUGAACAGCGUGCAUAUGAACCAGCUGGGCUGAUGAGGAUGAGCUUGUUAGCCUGCAGAUUCCUUUUCAUGCAGAGGAAAUCACAAGUGGCCAGAAAAACAAUUAUGCUCCCAAAUCAUUCUACUGAUGUGCUUGACUGAAGUGUGUAGGCUUUUUGCAGAAGAACUUACUAACUGACCUAUUUUCUGUGAACAUUUGUGACUGCCCACUCCCCAUCAUCAGUCGUUUUACCUUAGUUAGCAUUUUUUCUUAUCAUUUUUCUUUUUUUCUUUCCCUCUUCCCCUUUCGACAUAACUUUCUGUUGAAGCUGUUUUUUGGCUGGUUGGUUUUAGUACUGUAAACUGCUUCUGAGCAAACACGGAAAUUUAGCAAAAUUAUGUAAACUUGAUCCUGAGGUUUUAGAAUGGCAAAUAAAUGUACAAUUGUUUACAUAACAGAAAAGGCUAAGCAGAAAGUAAAUUUCAAUAUGUCAGUAUAGAGGCUCUACUUUAUGUAGACUUAAAUUAAUGUGAGAUAUGUACCUUCAUAUUCAGAAAUCUGGAUGUUUCCUUCAUACAUUAAACUAUUAAUAAGCAUCA